AUGCAGCUGUCUUUAACUCAUCCAUGCUUCUCGACACUGCUUCUGCUACUGGCGUCCAACCUGCUCCUGUGGGAAGGUGUGGCUGCACUGCCCAUGUGUUCAGUGAGGAAUGGUCGCUGCUUUGCUUCCGUGAGAGAAAUGUUGGAUCGAGCAGUCGAUAUGUCUGAGUACAUUAACAAACAAGCCUUUCAAAUGUUUGUUGAAUUUGAUAAUCAGUAUUCCCAGAGCCAGCAGCUCAUUAGCAAGAACUUAAAAAAAUGCCACACAGUUUCUCUCGAGUUUCCAAGACCUGGGAGUAAAGGCAUGCAGAUACAUCCACUGAACUUGCUGAAAUUGGUGGGCAGAUUAUUGGGUGCCUGGAAAGCCCCUCUGCACCAUCUAGUGAACCACAUGCCUUCCUUGAAAGAUGCCCCUGAUACUAUCCUCUUCAAAGCCAGAGAGGUGGAGCAAAUGAACACUGGCCUCCUGGAAGGAGUUAGGACCAUUCUCAGCCAGAUUCAAAGUGGAAAUGAAGAAGAUGAGAACUACCUUGGCUGGUCUGGACUGCCAUCCUUGCAGUCAGACAAGAAGGAUGUUCGCCUCUUUACAAUUUAUAACCUGAUGCGCUGCACGUGUCGAGAUGCUCAAAAGGUUGAGACCGCUCUCAAGAUGGUGAAGUGCAAACUAUUAAAGCAAAAUGACUGCUGA